GCUACAGGAAACGGAUACGAAUCCGCCGUCAAGCUCCUUCUUACUAUGGAUGGCGUUAACCCAGACUCAAGAGAUAAUUUCAGCCGAACGCCACUGUCCAGAGCUGCAAUGUUCGGAUACGCAGCGGUCGUCCAGUUACUUCUUGCCCAGGACAGUGUCGACCCGGACCCUGAAGAUAAUGACUCCGAGACACCGCUGGUAUUGGCUGCGAUGUACGGUCACGACGCCGUCGUCAAACUGCUGCUCGAUACUGGCAGAGUAGUUCCUGAUUUCAAAGACGCGAAAUAUGUCCGGACGCCACUGUCUUACGUAGCUGAAGGGAGACAUCAGACUGUGGUUAAGCUCCUAAUGGCGACAAGCCGUAUUAACCUGGAUUCGAAAGAUAACGGUGGCCGGACCCCUCUGUCAUAUGCG